CCAAAAUGUUCAGUUGUUCGUUGGACAUAUGCCGUUGUGGUGGCAAUCGCGGUAAAUAACGGUACCUUGUGAAACAGCUCGCUGUUGAAUCCCUGCUGAAAAUUUGAUUUGUGGUGAGGCUGUGUGUCUGCUGCUUGACAGUUUAAAGUAAAGAAAGGAAAUAAAACACGCUUGUAUUUAUGUGCAGACGAGCGAGGAAGAAAAAAUGCGGACAAAUAAAUAGUGUUUUUGUUUGUUUAAUGAAACGAAAUUUCUAGUAAAUUCUAAAUAUAAGAGUUUAACAUCAAUGCCAGCAGAGUUGAAUAAAAAUAAGAGGUCGAAGCGGAAAGAAAUAUAAAAAGUAAAAGGAAAGUGUGACAACUGGUAAACCACAAAGGUAUUAAGAAGGCGAAAUUAAGAAAAGAAAAAUUCACACAAAUAAACAACGGAAAAGAAAUAUUGCUUGUGCUAUAAGCAACUUCAAUGUUUUUCAGUACCUUGACAAUUGUCGUGCAACGAAUUCGCGCUAAUUAACAGCAAUUGCGACAUGCAACAAAACUAAUUGUUACCAUUGACAAAUUGAGCGCGACAAUAUAUAGAAUUUGUUGCUAAGCGUGUGGUAUUUUGUAUGCCGAAUUGUGGCCAACCAAGUGCACAACGAAAGACUUUAGCAACGAACUUGCUGCAGUGAAGAAUUGAAGUUUUUUUUUUUUAUGGAGUUGUGAUUGUCUACGUCUACGUUUUACAUUUUCAUUUAAAAAAUUUUAAGUUUUUUACAAAAAAAAAAACUGGUUGCUUGUAGUAUUAAUUGAACAAAAGCGCAUAAUUCUUGUUUGUUGCCAUAAUUGGGUUAUUAAAUUGUUGUUGCCGUUAACUUCUGCAUUGUCACACAGUCAGUCAAAUCGGCUUAGUGGCUUUUAAUAUUGCAGCUGUCAUAUCGAGCGCUAACAAAAUGAUUUUAAGACUAUUUCUCUUCGCUGCGGCCAUAUCAGCGCCAUAUCACACCGCACAUGCGCAAUUUCACCACUUUGGUGAGCCACUAAACACACGCUUUGGUAGCGAAUGCGCGCUGGUACUCUCAGGUCCUGGACGCUCAUCUGUCUACGACUAUAAUGUUAAUCUUUUUCGUGGCACAAUAAACCCCUACACAACAGAUAGCACGUGCAUUACCUAUGAUGCAGUGAAUGCCGCCUAUUUGGAUGCGCGAAAACGAAUACAUGUGGCGCAACCGAAGGGCGAUUGGAAGGCGGAUGAAUUGGCUACGGUCGGUGAAUUGCUGCUGGAUAUUUCUAUCCAGUUAGCUAGGACUUACGGUCUGUCAUACGAGGAAAUCGAAAAGGGGCUACCCACUAUCGACACAUCGAAAACACUUAUACGCGACGUGUGUCCGCCCUUCUUUGCCGGCGUGGAGUGCCGUCCUGGCAAGUAUCGGCGCUUCGAUGGCCUUUGCAACAACAUCGACCAUCCCACAUGGGGCGCUGUAAUGUCACCAUUCCAACGCCUUGUCGGCCCACUCUAUUCGGAUGGCAUAAAUGCGCCACGCAUCUCAGUCACAGGCCACGAUCUGCCCAUUUCGCGUGUUGUCUCGCGUACAAUGCAUCCCGAUGAUGGUUAUCACGAUCAUGCUGGCACUGUUAUGGUUAUUGCUUGGGGUCAAUUUAUGGAUCACGAUUUUACGCUUACCGGCACGCCGUUGGAUCCCAUUAAUCGCAAUGAUCCGGAAGAGUGCUGCAAACGCCCUCUGCAUCUUAAGCAUCCGUACUGUAAUGAAAUUCGUGUGCCAGACGAUGAUUAUUUCUAUCGACUUUUCAACGUGAAGUGUAUAGAUUUUGUGCGGGGUUUUCCUUCCCCACGACCAGGUUGCCGAUUGGGCUCCCGCCAACAAUUCAACACACUCACCGGUGUUAUUGACGCCAACACUGUGUACGGUAUCAGUGAGAAAUUUUCCCGAAAACUUCGCACCGGCUAUGGUGGCCUGUUGCGCAUGAAUCCCGUCUUUCAAGAGUAUGGACUCAAAGACUUGUUGCCAUUGAAACUCGAUAUACCCGAUGAGGGUUGCACGCGUCCGAAUAAGAGCAUGUUCUGUUUCGAAGCUGGCGAGAUACGAGUGAACGAACAAUUGGUGCUGACGUGCAUGCAUACGCUUAUGGCGCGCGAACACAAUCGCGUAGCAUCUGCACUGGGACAGAUCAACAAGCAUUGGGAUGAUGAAACCCUAUUCCAAGAGGCGCGUCGCAUCAACAUCGCUAUUGUGCAACAUGUGACAUUCAAUGAGUUCUUGCCCAUAUUGUUGGGCAAAGAAGUGAUGGAUAAAUUCGGUUUGGUGCUGCACAAAGAUGGCUACUGGGAUGGCUAUGAUCAUAAAGUGAAUCCUGGUAUUAUUGAUGCUUUCGCUGGUGCUGCGUUCCGUUUCGGACACUCGUUGCUACCCACCGCCGUGGAGCGUUGGUCAAAGGCGCACAAAUUUAUCGCCUCGAAACGUUUGUCGGAUUUAAUUCGUCGUCCGUAUGAUUUGUAUCGCGCUGGUGUUUUGGAUGAAUACUUUAUGGGCUUGAUGAAUCAAGUGGCGCAGGCAAUGGAUGAUUCCAUUACGCAGGAGGUGACCAACCAUUUGUUCAAGAAGGAGGGAGCGCGCUAUGGCUUGGAUUUGGUAGCAUUCAAUAUGCAGCGUGGUCGUGAGUUCGGCCUGCCUGGCUAUAUGGAGUUUAGAAAGUUUUGCGGUCUGCCCACUUCGACGUCAUGGGAGGAAAUGUUCGGUUCAAUGCCAAACGAUACGAUUCUGCGCUAUGAGAGUAUCUUCGAGCAUCCAGCUGAUAUUGAUCUUUGGUCAGGUGGCGUUUCAGAGAAGCCCCUACCGGGCUCAAUGUUAGGACCAACCUUCGCUUGCGUUAUUGCCACACAAAUGAGUUAUGUGCGGCGCGGUGACCGCUUCUGGUAUGAGUUGCCUAAUCAGCCUUCAUCGUUCACACCUGAGCAGCUGCAAGAGCUGAGGAAGGCGAAGCUAUCACGCUUGAUAUGUGACAACACCGAUCUUAUAGAUACUAUACAAAUUUAUCCGAUGGUGUUGCCAGAUCAUGAAAUUAACCCACGAGUGCCAUGCAAGAGUGGUAUCAUUCCAUCAAUAGAUCUGACGAAGUGGGCCGAUUACUCAAGUCCCGAUAUAUCACAUCCAGUUUAUAACUUCAUCAACGAAAUACCUGACACAUUGUUAAACUUCAAGAAGUAACAGGACACGCAGGACAUGAAAACAUGGAAGAUAGUACUUAGCGCAAAAUUUAAGAAAGUAAAAGUAUGAAGGAGGAUGAGACACAUUUUUUCCAACUUGUUAUUUUCAUUCUAGAAGUUUAACUUAAGUAUUAGAGUUUUGAAUAUUUAAGAUAUUUAAAAGAAAUUACUAAAAAUUCGAUAAAAAAUAAGCAGCAGUUAAGUCGAACAUAACUUUUUUUUUUUUACUUCAAAAUCUAGCAAACUCAUAUCUCUCUAAGUCAAUGUAUUGUUUCGCAAAGUGGCAUUAUCCUGACAAGCAAUUCUUUAUAGUAUUUUUUUAAUGAUUAUUUUUUUCAACAACACAUUUAUUGCGCUUCAAACAUUCUCAUCAUAAAAAAAAAUGUAAAAACAUAUUUGCUUGGAAUUGCAAGCUCAUUAUUAGUUCCGCGCAAUCGGAAACACUUAUUUUUAAGCUCAUGUUCAUAGUCGAACCUCAUACAUACACACUAUAUACAUAGAUAUGUACAUGCAUAUAUAUACACGUUAGAUUGUGUACUCAACCGUUUGAUACUUUUCACUUGAAUAAUUUGCAGCUGUUUCGAUGUCAUUUAUAAGUUAAUAUUUUUUUGAAAAUUUUCUGUUGUAAUACAACAACUUGUGUACAUAUUAAAUAUAAAUAGUGAAACUCUUUUAAACAAAUA